CUCGACGCCAAAGAUUGUGCUCAACGACGACAUGAAACCUCUCCCUCCUCCUCCUCCCCGAUUCCAAUUGAACUUUGGCCCUCCCUCCUCCACCACAACCACAAUGUCGGAUGAGACCCCGCCGCCGAGCUACGAGCGCGAUAACAGUCGCAGCCCCAAGGCGCACGUUGAGGGGCACGGGGCCGGCAAGCCCUACAAGCCGCACGAUGUCAUCACCGAGACGACCCAGGCGGCUAUUGUCAGUUUCGUCGCGGCGUCCUUCCUCGCCGGCCUGAAGAACUCCUUUUCGAAGCAGAACCUCGGCGUAACAGGUGUUCUCACGGCCCAGGCGCCCAUUCUGGGGUUAGUCACUGCCGCGCCCACGACGUACAUGUUCGUACGCGGCGCGACCAACAACCUCAUCGGACGUGAGGAUGCGUGGGGAUCUACGGCCGGUGGUUUCGCUGCCGGAGCCAUCCUCGGCCUACCAUCAAAACGCAUGCCUGUCGUUUUGGGCCUGGGCGCCGCCGUCGGUCUCUCCCAGGGCUUGUUCACCCUGUUCGGUGACCGUCUUGGCUCCUUCAAGGAGGAGAACGACGAGUUCGAGCGCAAAGAGACCAUCAGGCGGACGACGCGUAUCCCGGUGGAGCAGACCAUCCGGGAGGUCGGUGAGGGGCGAGGAAUCCGCGGCCCUGGCUACGAGGAGCGCAGGCGAGAGCGCCUCAAGGAGAAGUUCGGCGUCGAGAUCAACCCAGUCCGCGCCACCGUCGACGGCAGCGAGUAGAGACUUCCUCCGAUCCGCUCGAUCUGUACAUACCUACUACUUUCCCAUUGUGUUGUUGGGGCGACAAGAAUUCUAUACCAAGAAUCGGAGUUUUCUGUUUUUUUGUUCAGCCCCGUGUGCUUUGCUCGGCUUUUGUGUGCACAAUGUGCAACAGAGCAGCAAUAGCCGCGUCGAUCUGAAAGGCUUGUGUAGUUCAUCAAUCAAUUGCAAAUCAAUGCC